AUGCUGCCCGUCAUCUACGCGGUCCUGGCGGGGGUGCUGCUACUGCCGCUACUGGUGAACCUCUGCUCCCCCUACUUCUUCCAGGACGUGAGCUACUUCCUGCGGUUGGCCAGGAUGGCCCGGCAGGUGCGCAGCUAUGGGCAGCGCCGGCCGGUGCGCACCAUCCUCCACGCCUUUCUGGAGAGAGCACACCAGAGCCCGCACAAGCCGUUCCUGAUCUUCCGCGACCAGACGCUCAGCUACGUGCAGGUGGACCGACGCAGCAACCAAGUGGCGAGGGCGCUGCGCGACCGCCUCGGCCUCCGGCAGGGAGAGUGCGUGGCGAUAUUCCUGGGCAACGAACCGGCCUACGUAUGGCUGUGGCUGGGGCUGGCCAAGCUGGGCUGUGCCAUGGCGUGCCUCAACUGUAACAUCCGCGGCAAGUCCCUGCUGCACUGCUUCCAGUGCUGCGGGGCGAAGGUGCUCCUGGCCUCGCCAGAACUACAAGAAGCUGUUGAAGAGGUGCUGCCAAGCCUGAAAAAAGAUGGUGUGGCCAUCUAUUACGUGAGCAGAAGUUCUAACACCGAUGGGGUCGACUCUUUCUUAGACAAAGUGGAUGAAGUGUCAACUGAAUCCAUCCCAGAGUCCUGGAGGUCGGAAGUGACCUUUUCCACUCCUGCCUUAUACAUUUAUACUUCUGGAACCACAGGUCUCCCGAAAGCUGCAAUGAUCAAUCAUCUUCGCACUUGGUAUGGAGCCAACCUUGCUGCUACCAGCGGGAUAACGGAGAAUGACGUAGUCUAUACCACCCUACCCUUGUACCACAGUGCUGCGCUUUUGGUUGGCUUACAUGGAUGUAUCCUGACUGGUGCUACUGUUGUUUUGCGGUCCAAAUUUUCAGCCAGUCAGUUUUGGGAUGACUGCAGAAAAUAUAACGUCACUGUCAUUCAGUAUAUCGGUGAACUGCUUCGGUAUUUAUGCAACUCUCCCCAGAAACCAAACGAUCGUGACCAUAAAGUGAGAAUGGCAUUGGGAAAUGGCUUGCGAGGAGAUGUGUGGAGAGAAUUCAUCAAGAGAUUUGGGGACAUUCACAUUUAUGAGUUCUAUGCUUCCACUGAAGGCAAUAUCGGAUUUAUGAAUUACACGAGAAAAGUCGGUGCUGUUGGAAGAGUAAACUACCUACUGAGAAAAGUCAUAACUUAUGAGCUGAUUAAAUAUGAUGUGGAGAAAGAUGAACCCGUUCGAGAUGGAAAUGGAUAUUGCAUCAAAGUUCCCAAAGGUGAAGUUGGACUCCUGGUUUGCAGAAUCACACAACUCACACCAUUUAGUGGCUAUGCUGGAGGAAAGUCUCAGACAGAGAAGAAAAAACUGAGAGAUGUCUUUAAGAAAGGAGACCUCUAUUUCAACAGUGGAGAUCUCUUAAUGAUGGACCACGAAAAUUUUAUCUACUUCCACGACAGAGUUGGAGAUACAUUCCGGUGGAAAGGGGAAAAUGUGGCCACCACUGAAGUUGCUGACAUAGUAGGACUGGUUGAUUUUGUCCAAGAAGUGAAUGUUUAUGGCGUGUCUGUGCCAGGUCACGAGGGUCGAAUUGGCAUGGCUUCCAUCAAGAUGAAGGAAGACCAUGAAUUUGAUGGAAGGAAACUCUUUAAGCAUGUGGCCGAUUACCUGCCCAAUUAUGCAAGGCCCCGGUUUCUAAGAAUACAGGACACCAUUGAGAUCACUGGAACUUUUAAACACCGAAAAGUGACCCUCAUGGAAGAGGGCUUUAACCCUGCAGUUAUCAAAGAUGCCUUGUAUUUCUUGGAUGACAAAGCAGAAAUGUAUGUGCCGAUGACUGAGCACAUUUACAACGCCAUUAAUGAUAAAACUCUGAAACUCUGA